ACUCGUUGCUCUCGAUCCUCAGUCAUCGCAAAUAUAGUUUUCGAUUUUUUGCUCUAUAUUUUAUCUAUCUAGGGUUCAUUUUACCGACGCCAUGGCCGAGGUCAUAAACAUGACGGUCGAUUCCCUAGACAGCCGCCGCGGUGGCGACCGUAAAGAUAACAACAACAACGGCAGACAACUUCCGGUGUCUGACGAUCCCAACUCUUCUCCCCCUGCUCAGCCGCCUCCUCGACGCCGCGACCGAGAUUCGCGUGAGCGACGGGACCGCGAUUUCAACGAUCGCAACUGCUCUCCCCCGCCUCCACCUCCCAUAGAGCGAGAUUACAAGCGGCGCAGUAGCAUUAGCCCUCCACCUCCGCCGUUGAGUUACAGGGGUAGGAGACACUCGCCUCCGCCUCGUAGGUCCCCGCCUUAUAAGAGGUCUAGGCGCGAGGAUGGAGGGUAUGAAGGGAGGAGAGGAAGCCCUAGAGGCGGAUUUGGACCCGGAGACAGGAGGUUUGGGUAUGAUCAUGGUGGUGGAUAUGAUCGUGAGAUGAUGGGUAGGCCUGGUUACCUUGAUGAUAGGCCUCAUGGCCGGUUUGGUCGCUCUUCUGGUGGUUAUCAAGAUUGGGAUUCUGGUUCUGGCAGAUAUGGUGAUGCUUCUUAUUCAGGGAGUGCUCAAAGUAAAAUUUUCAGAGAAGGAUUGAUGACAUACAAGCAAUUCAUUCAAGAGCUUGAGGAUGAUAUACUACCAGCUGAAGCUGAGCGCAGGUACCAAGAAUACAAGUCAGAGUAUAUAUCUACCCAAAAACAAGCUUUUUUUGAUGCCCACAAGGAUGAGGAAUGGUUGAGAGACAAAUAUCAUCCGACAAACUUGGUCACUGUUAUUGAAAGGAGGAAUGAGCUUGCACGCAAAGUUGCUAAGGAUUUCUUGCUUGACCUGCAGAGUGGAACACUGGACUUAACUCCUGGUGUCAAUGCUUUUUCGUCAAAUAAAUCAGGACAGACCAGUGAACCUAAUUCUGAAGAUGAAACUGACACCGGUGGCAAAAGGAAGCGGCAUGGUAGGGAGCCUACUAAAGAAACUGGUCUUUCUCUGGCUCCAAAGGCUCACCCAAUCAGUUCUGAUCCCAGAAGAAUUCAGAUCGACAUUGGACAAGCACAGUACCUUGUACGUAAACUGGACUCUGAAAAAGGAAUCGAGGAAAAUAUUUUAACUGGGCCAGACAAUGACAAAAUAAAUAGAGAUAAAUCUCAUGGUAGUUUGGAAGGCCAAGUGAUUAUUGUACGUGGCUUGACUUCUGUAAAAGGCCUAGAAGGUGUUGAGCUUCUUGAUACUCUUAUAACUUACUUGUGGCGUGUCCAUGGUGUGGACUACUACGGAAUGGUUGAAACAAGUGAAGCUAAGGGUCUUAGGCAUGUGAGAGCCGAGGGAAAGAAUUCAGAUGUUACUAGUAAUGGGUCUGAGUGGGAAAUGAAACUUGACUCACACUGGCAAGGGAGAUUGAGUGGUCAAGAUCCUUUGGAGGUAACGACUGCUAAGGACAAAAUAGAUGUUGCUGCUGUUGAAGCUUUGGAUCCUUUUGUCAGGAAGAUAAGGGAUGAAAAGUAUGGUUGGAAGUAUGGUUGUGGUGCUAAGGGCUGCACAAAGCUCUUUCAUGCUGCAGAAUUUGUGCACAAGCAUCUUAAACUCAAACAUCCAGAACUUGUGUUUGAGCAAACGUCUAAUGUGCGUGAAGAGCUCUAUUUCCAGAACUACAUGAAUGAUCCAGAUGCGCCUGGUGGGAAACCUGUUUUGCAGCAACCUUUACUGAAGAACAAACCUCAGAGACGUCAAUUAAUGGAAAAUCGCUUGAAAGAUGAACGUGGCUCACAUAGAGAACGUGACAAUCGAGCAAGUGGUAGUGACAGAUUUGAUAGGUCUGAAAACCCUCAAUCAAGUGAUUUUCCAUCAAACAAUGAUGGGCCUGAUGGGGGGAGCAAUGAUGAUCCUAUGUUUGAUGCUUUUGGCAGACAAGGGAUGCAUGUAGCAGCCCCAUUUUCUUCAGAUAUGGCACCUCCGCCAGUAUUGAUGCCUGUUCCUGGUGCUGGUCCACUGGGGCCCUUUGUUCCAGCUCCACCGGAACUUGCAAUGCAAGUGUUUAGAGAGCGAGGUGGUAAUGGUCCUUUUGAAGGCAAUGCUCGAAGUGGAUGUGCUGGACCUAAUUUAACUGGACCAGUCCCCUUUCUUUUGCCUCCUGGCUUCCGAAAAGAUCCUCGGCAUUUACGAAGUUAUCAAGACCUUGAUGCACCCGAUGAUGAAGUUACGGUUAUAGACUACCGUAGUUUGUAGGUAUAAGCAAUUAAGGGAUCUAAAAUGCAUCCAAUGGAAUCCGGAAGCUGUUUCAUCAGAACUCGUUGAAUGCUGUUAUUUUACGAUUCUCUGAGCAGAGAAGCAUUGACCUUGUACUAUAGCUGCACUUCUUGCGAGCAAGAGUAGUUCGAGUCGCUUGUGUGUAGGUCUUAUUAUAUUUCUUGGCCCACAUAACCUAUUCGAAAAGAGAUGAUUAUUGAGAUACAAGUAUUUAUUUGCUGUAGAAUGGACUUAUCCUGUUCUGAAGUGAACAAGUUUUCUUGGAUA